UUUACAACGCAACAGAGAACCGCCGCCGCCACUCGACAGCAUUCGGUCUCCGGUGUGCGAGCACGUUCGGUCAAAAAUAAUACACAUAAUCAUGUCAACAAUUUAACAAAUUUAAACUUACAUAAUAAUAUCAUAUAUUAUUAUUUAAAUAAGUUUAUUGAGUGUGCGUCCGUACACUUAUAUAGUCAUAUAGUAGGUACAUAAUAAUAUAAUACAUUAUUAUUCAUUACGUACAAGAUCUUCGACGUCCCCCGCGCCCUUCCGCCAUCACCGGAAUCGAUCAUAAAUCGGAAUUCCGGAUACGUAUUUCGAAAGUUCGGUUCAUUUUUCGUUGUUUGAGUGCCGACCGUCGUCGAUUCGAUAGAAAUAUUUUUUACAAUAAAUCUUAGUGCGCCUUCCAAACGACCGGAAUCAAAUAACGGAUAUGAAACGGGCUGAACGGUAAUGGGGAAUGUCAGACAUCAUCAAAUCGACGGUCUGUGAUACUCGACCGCUGGUGGAGGGGGACCUCCAAAUACAACUGCAAGACGUUUGCAAAAGUAUUAAGGUCACUAAUAUGAGAGCGGCCACACCGUACCUAUGUGCCUUGUACGUGGCCACAGCCGGCCACCAAGGAAACCUGCUCGGAUCUGAUGAACAGGAGAUCGUCCUGCUUAUUUACGUAGUCGUUGACAUGACAACCAACACCGUUGUAGGUAUUCAGCAGUAUUUAGUAAAGCCGACCGAAGUUGACCAAAACGAAAAUAUCUUGUCUGACCAAGUCACAUCAGACAUAGGUAUCACUGAAAAAAUGGUCAAAACUUCCGGUAUUCCCCUACAGGAUGCUAUCGACAAGUUUGACACCUACGUUAAGUCACUGAAUAUCGAACCUCAAGCACCUAUGUUUCGAAUAGUAACAGAUGGACAGCUUCCAAUUCGUCAGUGUUUGCAUCGGGAAUCAUCUAUUAAAGAUAUUGAACUGCCCGAAUACUACAAUGUAUUUCACGACCUACGGAAGGAUUUCUCCAAAUUCUACAAUGCACCCCAAGACCAAACUUUCAACUCAAUUACAGAUCUGGUUAAUUAUCUAGAAAUAACUCAUGAAAUCGAUUCUCAGUUCUACGUAGCCGAGGUCAAGGAUAUGGUAAACAUUGUCCAAAGGCUUAUAGCUGAUGGCCAUACUUUCAAUUCACCGGAAAUCGUUCAGCUAAAACUCGAACCGGGUAUUUGUUGGAAAAAUGAAGAAGUAGAUAACAAUUGUGUAGUCAGAGCUAGAGGUCUACCGUGGCAAUCAUCUGAUCAAGACAUAGCCAAGUUUUUUCGUGGUCUUAAUAUAGCCAAGGGUGGUGUAGCAUUGUGUUUAAGUGCGCAUGGUCGUCGUAACGGUGAAGCAGUUGUACGUUUUGUGAACCAAGAACACAGAGACAUGGCUAUGAAAAGACAUAAGCACCAUAUUGGUAGCCGUUAUAUUGAAGUAUACAAAGCCAAUGGCGAAGACUUUAUAAAUGUUGCUGGAGGUAAUAGUAGUGAAGCCCAAGCAUUUCUCACCAAGGGUGCCCAAGUAAUAGUGCGCAUGAGAGGCUUACCUUAUGACUGUACAGCCAAAGAUGUUAUUACUUUCUUUGAAAAUGGUGAGCAGACUUGUUCUGUAAUGGACGGAGAAGAUGGUGUUUUAUUUGUCAAAAAACCUGAUGGACGUGCAACAGGUGAUGCGUUUGUUUUAUUUGCUGAUGAAGAUGAUGCUCCUAAAGCACUUAGUAAACACAGAGACCUAAUAGGUACAAGGUACAUUGAAUUAUUUAGGAGUACAACAGCUGAAGUACAACAGGUUUUGAAUCGUGCAAUGGAUCCAUCUGUGCGAUCAACAGUUAGUGAUAGCAAUGGCAACAUUACUACUCCAGUAACAACAACAGCUGGUGUGAAUAAUUCACCUACUGCACUUCUUGGGCAUGUGCCAAUUCUGCCAUUGCCUCAGCAUGUCAUCACUAGUGGCACACGAAAAGACUGUAUACGCUUACGUGGACUUCCAUAUGAAGCAAAUGUAGAACAUAUACUUGAGUUCCUCGGAGAACAUUCCAAAAAUAUUGUGUUUCAAGGUGUACAUAUGGUUUAUAAUUCUGUGGGUCAUGCAUCUGGUGAAGCAUUCAUUCAAAUGAACAAUGAGGGCAGUGCUGCUCAGGCAGCUAUGGCUAAACAUCACAAUUAUAUGUCUUUUGGAAAAAAACAACGGUACAUCGAAGUGUUCCAAUGUUCUGGUGAAGAUAUGCAUUUGGUGUUGACUGGCGGAGGUGCUGCGUCAGGAGCUUUAUCCCCAGUAGCUGCCAAAGCGCUAUUAUCACCACCUGGCGGACCACUAAUGACUUCUCCUCCGUUUCCGCCACCAACUUCAAACUACUCACCGUUCUCCGGGCCACCGCCGCUGAUAGGCCACCAGCCGCCGCCGUCGCUGGGCGCGCCUUACCCGCCGCCUAUCCUUUACUGGCCAUACCCAUCACCACCUAUAUCGCCUCCGCACCAACAGCCCGCGCUACUUAUCAUGCAGGGCACGCCACCACCGAUGCCACCCCCGCCACCCGUGGACAUGUGCAAUCUCAUACACUCAGUGUCCGAGUGGAACAUCGACUACAUGCAACAGAAUCCUCAAUUUUGCACAAUGAACGUAGGUCCGAUGGGUAUGCACUCGGCUGCGGCUUGACGCGACCCGAAACAACGGUCAGCGGCAAUCGACGUGCAAUCGACACAACGUCGUUGACGCUGAUGACCAGACUACGUACUCAUCAUCUAAUUCCAAGUCAUAAUAAGCGAAUAUUUUGCAAAGUACAAACGGCCGUGUACUUAACGUGUUUAUAAUAUAUAAAUAGUAAUGUUUGUAUUUAUUUAUUUAUACCUAUAUAUUAUAUUAUAUAGAGCGAGAGAUAUUUCUAUUAGAUUUAAGACUGUAUAUAUUUAAGACAAAAAAAGAAAUAGUAUACAUAACUAAAUGGUUGAAAGAACUCAACCUUAGAAAGCUCAUCCAACAAAUAUCAUAUAGUCGUCUUCCACCGCGUGUAUUAAAGACAAAAAAUAAUACUUAAUCCUCAUUUUUAUUAUUGGUCACGUGUGCACAACAAUACAAUAUACUAUAUAGCCAAUAUAGAUAAUUUAUAAUAUUACCAUAUUGAAGUUUAUAAGUCGAUUAUAAUUUUUAAGUUUUAUGUGAAUUAUUAACGUUUGUUUUCAAUGUGAUUUUUAUUAUUUUUACCAAUUUAGUAUUCUUUUAACGAACUUAACUUGUUUAUAUAAUAUUCAAUUCUUAAAUGACUAUACUUUCCGUUUUAUUUACAAGUACAGGUACAUGGUGAAUUUCUUAGUACAUUUACACGUUGCAUCUCAAUACAUGUAUUUUAAUAUACCAUACAUAUUUCUUAGGUUUUUAAUUUUUUCUCAUGGAGAAAUCCAUAUUAUUUCUUAUUUCAUAUUCUGAAAUAUAAUAUUUUCCAAAAAUAUUAAAAUUCACUUAAAUUGAAAAUUGUAUUUUUUCACAAACAUUUGAUAUUAUAGUACCUACUUUAAAUUACAUGAAUUGACCGUGACAAACCGAGUAAAGAAUGUCUUAUGUUUAAAAAAAUUCACUUUGUAUAAUCAGUGUAUAUAAUAAUAAUUAAGUACUACACGUAACAAUUUAAUAAUAACUGAUGUGUGCACGUUAUUUUUAUAGAUGGCAUCAAUGUCAUUUUAUAAUUUGAUGCACAUUCCAAUUCAACUCUCGCACAGUUAGAUUAUUUAAUAAAUAUAUUAUUAUUAUAGUAAUACAAUAUCGAUGAAAUCGAAGUAUCGUUAGAACACCUCUUAUAAAAAAUUAUUUCCUACGUUAUACUUCAUCGCGUUUUCUUUAUUAUAUAACAAGCAAUGGUUCUUGAAAAUAUUUUUUUUUGACUUUAUGCCCUCGCAUUGUUAUUAGUCAAGUCCUAUAAAACGACCAAAUUUGUUUGUUAGUAUUAUUAAUUUUUUUUUUUUUUUGUAGGAAUUAGUGAGAUUAAUUUAUUAUUCGUUUCAUUAACUGCAUUAACCUGUUUUGAAUGCGUUUAAGUGUAUAAAUGAAAAACACAAAUUUUAACAUAAUAAUGAUAAAGAGUGCUAAGGCGCCAAAGUUAUUAUAUAUCUAGGUACCUAUAAUAUGUUAGUUUAUGAAUCUUAAAAUUUUAACAUUCGGUUGUACGAUCUCUAGUAUUCUUUAUGCUCGAUAAAACAUAACGAAAACAAUAUUUAGUAUUGUAUGAUUUUUUUUUUAACAUUUUAAUGUUUUGUGCAAUUUUAAUUUAUUUUGUUUAUUUCCAAGUAGAUCUCAGAAAAGUAGAUUUUUUGACAAUUUUUUAAAUUAAAUUAAUGUAUAUUUUAUACUUAUUGCUCCUCUUCCGGAUGAACGAAUUUUCAACACGAUAAUACAUCUCCUUAACCAACAUCCAACCACCCGUCUAAAUAUAUUAAUUACGAUUUCAUUCUAGUAAUUUCGUGUAUUUAGGAGUCAUUCUUAGAAUAAAUUACUAUAAUACUAUUAUCGUUUUUCCCUCCCCUUGCUGUCACGGCCGCACAAUAUUAUAGGUAUUAUAUAAUAUAAAAUAAUAAUGUACAUCGACAAUGUUCCAAUAUAUAAUAUGUAUACGGUUUUUGUUUUUUUUUUUUUAUAUUAAUUUUUAUUAUUAUUAUUGUUAUCAUAUUAUUAAUAAAAAAUAUUAUUUUAUGAGACGUGGCAAAGUCUUUGCCCCCGUUAUUUUAAAGCUAAACAAUUUAAUUCGACGUUAAGUGUCAACUAGUAAAGUGUUUAACUGCAGUCUGCAGUAUAAGCCUUUACAUAAUAUCAUAACAUACAGUUAAGACUCGUGCGUGUAUGUAAUCAUAAUGUGCUAUAAUAUAUACUAUAUAUAUCGUUAUAUGUAUAUAAUAGUUUAUAUGGAUUUUAGUUGACCGAAAUAUAAAUAAUAAUUUAACAUUUUACCUACACGAACGCCAGUCACAAUAAAUAAAUUACUCAAAAACAAGAUAUGGCUUAUAUACGUUUAAAUAUAUUACCUAUAUACUCUGCAAAUGCAUACCUUAUAAUUUAAUCUCGAUCAUAUUAUAAUUAUAUUUAUACCUACAGUCUACGCCUUUAUUGAAUUUUCAAGUAUUUUAUUUGUAACAUUUAUAGAUGUUUUUGUGUACGAUUUACUGUGCGAAACUCAUAAUAUUUUAUACCGCCUGAACCAAUAUUAAAUAUUUCUAUAUAUAUUGUAAAUAUUAAAAAAGUUGCCACUAACAAUACAAACAUCUCAGAUCAGUGUACACCCCGUCAACUACCAAAAAACAAUUAAAAUUCUGAUGACUUAAUGUUUUUUUUAUAUUCCAUUUGACUUCUGUAGACUAUAAAUUUCAUUUUUCACUGAAAAAAUAUACGAUGUACAAUAUUCCGUAUAGUUAAAUAUAUAACUUUGUCCGUUGAAAAAUAUAGUAUCAAGUGUUUCACAUGACGCCCGUUUUUCGAGUUAGAUUGCAACUAUCUCUUAUAAAUAUGUUACUACAUAAAUAAUCGAUAUUAUCGUUUUAAUCGUUUGUUGUUAUAAUAUUAUUACUACUCUUAGCUCAUGCUUAAUAUGUAGCUACUUAGUACAUGAUCAUUAUGAUCUAUAAAUUAUUACCUAUUAUAUUGCUCGACGUCUCUCUGUCUUUGCAAAUACAGUGUUACGCAUCAAUAUAUAGAGAGUACUCAGGUAACUGCAAAUGUUGUUAUAAUUUAAUUCUACUUUAUUUUCCAAUUCGUUCGAUUAGAUAUGUGAUUAAGAAUAAAUAAACCAAAACCUAUGAUGCUAUUUGUGUUAUUGUAGUGCAAUAAAUAAUAAUUUAAAAAUCGUUGAAUAUAUAAUAUAAUAUAUACCCGUGUUGUUAAUUAAUUAUACAUUAUUACUAUUUUUACGUUAUAGUUUGUAUCAUUUAAAAAUUAAAUUAUAUAUGAAUUAAAUGUGUGUAUGUAUGUGUGCGUGUGAAAACAAUGUUUAAUUAUUUUGUAACCUAGAAAAUGUGUUUCACUUCACAUAUCUUAAAGUCUACUUAUUAUCUGGUAUAGUGUGUAGUUUUUUAUGGUUGAUCGUAAAUCAACCCCUUUGUAUUUAAGUCGUCUCCAGUCCCUUUUAGUCAAUUAUUAUAUUAUUAUUAUAUACACAAAAAGUAAGUGUAUGUACAUGUUUUUUAGUUAAUUAUUAUAUUUUAAAUUUUAUCAUUAUUAUUAAUUACCUACCUAAUUGUACACCUAAUUGCCGUCUAGUACCUAGUACUUGUAUGACAUUAUUAAUAUUACAUUUUUGUUUUAAUUUAAAUAAAAUAUAUAUUAUUAUAGACUUUUUGAAAAAGACA